UGGGGUGAGUGUGCUCACCCCACCCCUCCCCUCCUCCCGCCCCGGCCCCCACCCCGCCUGGCCCAGCCCUAGCCUUAGCCGGGCCCGUCCCGUGCGGGCCCGUGCCGUCCCUCAGCCGGCGACGCCCCGGGCCGCCCGCCUGCCCACCACCAUGGAGCUGGAGGACGGUGUGGUGUACCAGGAGGAGCCCGGCGGCUCCGGGGCCGUGAUGUCGGAGCGGGUGUCCGGCCUGGCCGGCUCCAUCUACCGCGAGUUCGAGCGGCUCAUCGGGCGCUACGACGAAGAGGUGGUCAAGGAGCUGAUGCCACUGGUGGUGGCGGUGCUGGAGAACCUGGACUCAGUGUUCGCGCAGGACCAGGAACACCAGGUGGAGCUGGAGCUGCUGCGGGACGACAACGAGCAGCUCAUCACCCAGUACGAGCGGGAGAAGGCGCUGCGCAAGCACGCCGAGGAGAAAUUCAUUGAAUUUGAAGAUUCUCAAGAACAGGAAAAAAAGGAUUUACAGACCCGAGUGGAAUCUCUAGAAUCUCAAACAAGACAACUUGAACUCAAAGCAAAAAACUAUGCUGAUCAGAUUAGCAGACUUGAAGAAAGAGAAGCAGAACUGAAGAAGGAAUAUAAUGCAUUACAUCAAAGACACACUGAGAUGAUCCAUAAUUAUAUGGAACACUUAGAAAGAACAAAACUUCAUCAACUCUCAGGGAGUGAUCAACUAGAGUCUACAGCUCAUAGUAGAAUUAGAAAAGAACGCCCUAUAUCCUUAGGAAUUUUUCCAUUACCUGCUGGAGAUGGAUUGCUUACACCUGACACUCAGAAAGGAGGUGAGACCCCAGGAUCAGAGCAAUGGAAAUUUCAAGAAUUAAGUCAACCACGUUCUCAUACCAGUCUGAAGGAUGAACUUUCUGAUGUUAGCCAAGGUGGAUCUAAAGCUACCACUCCAGCAUCAAUAGCUACUUCAGAUGUGGCAGCAAUUCCUCCUGAUACUCCCUUAAAGGAAGAUAAUGAAGGAUCUGUGAAGGGUACUGACACACCAAAUAAGUCAGACAUAAGCAAACAUAUUGAAGUGCAGGUAGCCCAAGAAACUAGAAAUGCAUCUACAGGCUCUGCUGAAAAUGAAGAGAAGUCAGAAGUUCAAGCAAUCAUUGAGUCCACUCCUGAAUUGGAUAUGGACAAAGAUCUCAGUGGAUACAAAGGUUCAAGCACUCCCACCAAAGGCAUAGAGAACAAAGCUUUUGAUCGCAAUACAGAAUCUCUCUUUGAAGAACUGUCCUCAGCUGGCUCAGGCCUAAUUGGAGAUGUGGAUGAAGGAGCAGAUUUACUAGGAAUGGGUCGUGAAGUUGAGAAUCUUAUACUAGAAAAUACACAACUGUUGGAAACCAAAAAUGCUUUGAAUGUAGUAAAGAAUGAUCUGAUAGCAAAAGUGGAUGAACUCACCUGUGAGAAAGACGUGCUGCAAGGGGAAUUAGAGGCUGUGAAACAAGCCAAACUGAAGCUAGAAGAAAAGAACAAAGAAUUGGAAGAGGAGCUCAGAAAAGCUCGUGCAGAAGCUGAAGAUGCAAGGCAGAAAGCAAAAGAUGAUGAUGAUAGUGAUAUACCCACAGCUCAGAGGAAGCGGUUUACUAGAGUAGAAAUGGCCCGUGUUCUCAUGGAAAGAAACCAGUAUAAGGAGAGAUUAAUGGAGCUUCAAGAAGCUGUUCGAUGGACAGAGAUGAUUCGGGCAUCACGAGAAAAUCCAGCCAUGCAGGAAAAAAAAAGGUCAAGCAUCUGGCAGUUUUUCAGCCGACUUUUCAGCUCUUCAAGUAAUACAACAAAGAAGCCUGAACCACCUGUUAAUCUGAAGUAUAAUGCACCCACCUCUCAUGUUACUCCUUCUGUCAAGAAAAGAAGCAGCACCUUAUCUCAGCUUCCUGGGGAUAAGUCCAAAGCUUUUGAUUUCCUUAGUGAAGAAACUGAAGCUAGUUUAGCCUCACGCAGAGAACAAAAGAGAGAACAGUAUCGUCAGGUAAAGGCACAUGUUCAGAAGGAAGAUGGUCGAGUGCAAGCUUUUGGCUGGAGUCUGCCUCAGAAGUAUAAACAGGUAACCAAUGGUCAAGGGGAAAAUAAGAUGAAAAAUUUGCCUGUGCCUGUCUAUCUCAGACCUCUAGAUGAAAAAGAUGCAUCCAUGAAGCUGUGGUGUGCUGUUGGAGUCAAUUUAUCUGGUGGGAAGACCAGAGAUGGUGGUUCUGUUGUUGGAGCAAGUGUAUUUUACAAAGAUGUUGCUGGUUUGGAUACUGAAGGCAGCAAACAGCGAAGUGCAUCUCAGAGUAGUUUAGAUAAGUUAGAUCAGGAACUUAAGGAACAGCAGAAGGAGUUAAAAAGUCAUGAAGAAUUAUCCAGUCAAGUCUGGAUCUGUACCAGCACUCAUUCAGCUACAAAAGUUAUCAUCAUUGAUGCUAUUCAACCAGGCAACAUCCUUGACAGUUUCACUGUUUGCAAUUCUCACGUUCUUUGCAUUGCAAGUGUCCCAGGAGCCCGAGAAACAGACUAUCCUGCAGGAGAAGAACUUUCAGAAUCUGGUCAGGUGGACAAAGCAUCUUUAUGUGGAAGCAUGACAAGCAACAGCUCAGCAGAAACAGAUAGCUUGUUGGGAGGCAUCACAGUGGUUGGUUGCUCCACAGAAGGUGUGACAGGAACUGCCACUUCUCCUAGUACCAAUGGUGCUUCACCAGUGAUAGACAAACCACCAGAAAUGGAAGCGGAAAAUAGUGAGGUUGAUGAAAAUGUUCCAACAGCAGAAGAAGCAACUGAAGCCACAGAAGGCAAUGCAGGAUCCACUGAAGACACUGUGGACAUCUCCCAGCCUGGUGUAUACACAGAGCAUGUCUUUACAGAUCCUUUAGGAGUUCAGCUCCCAGAAGACCUCUCUCCAGUCUAUCAGUCAAGUAAUGACUCAGAUGUGUAUAAAGAUCAAGUAUCAGUAUUGCCAAAUGAACAAGACCUGGUGAGAGAAGAAGCUCAGAAAAUGAGUAGUCUUUUACCAACCAUGUGGCUUGGAGCUCAAAAUGGCUGUUUGUAUGUCCAUUCAUCUGUAGCCCAGUGGAGGAAAUGCCUCCAUUCCAUUAAACUUAAAGAUUCGAUUCUCAGUAUUGUACACGUGAAAGGAAUUGUGUUAGUGGCCCUGGCUGAUGGCACCCUCGCAAUCUUUCACAGAGGAGUUGACGGACAGUGGGACUUAUCAAACUAUCAUCUCUUAGACCUUGGACGGCCCCACCAUUCCAUACGAUGUAUGACUGUGGUACACGACAAAGUCUGGUGUGGCUACAGAAACAAAAUCUAUGUGGUUCAGCCAAAGGCCAUGAAAAUAGAGAAAUCAUUUGAUGCACAUCCCAGGAAGGAGAGCCAAGUGCGGCAGCUUGCAUGGGUGGGUGACGGUGUGUGGGUCUCCAUUCGUUUGGAUUCCACACUUCGUCUCUAUCAUGCACACACUUACCAACAUCUACAGGAUGUGGACAUUGAGCCUUAUGUAAGCAAAAUGUUAGGUACUGGAAAAUUGGGCUUCUCUUUUGUGAGGAUUACAGCUCUUAUGGUGUCUUGCAAUCGUUUGUGGGUGGGGACAGGAAAUGGUGUCAUUAUCUCCAUCCCAUUGACAGAAACAAAUAAAACCUCAGGAGCAACAGGAAAUCGUCCUGGCAGUGUAAUCCGUGUAUAUGGUGAUGAAAACAGCGAUAAAGUGACUCCAGGAACAUUUAUACCCUAUUGUUCAAUGGCACAUGCACAGCUUUGCUUCCAUGGACACCGGGAUGCUGUGAAAUUCUUUGUGGCAGUCCCAGGUCAAGUCAUUAGCCCACAAAGUGGCAGUAGUGGCACAGAUUUAACAGGUGAUAAAGCAGGACCAUCUGCACCGGAGUCCAGCAGCCAGACACCCUUGAAGUCUAUGCUUGUCAUCAGUGGAGGAGAGGGCUACAUUGACUUCCGGAUGGGUGAUGAAGGUGGAGAAUCAGAACUUCUUGGAGAAGAUCUUCCACUUGAACCAUCUGUCACCAAAGCAGAAAGAAGUCACUUGAUAGUAUGGCAAGUGAUGUAUGGCAGUGAGUGAGCCCAUAGGAUACAGGUGGAGAUAGGGACAUGUCUCUUCUGCAUGGUUUAUUUUUCCUUUUCCCCUUUAUUUAAUGCUUUUUUUUUUUUUUUUUUUUUUUUUUUUUGUGGUGAAAUAAGUUUCACCACAUAAUAUGUGAGCAUUUCUUCCUGUUAACUUUAUAUUACAAAAUCUGUCCUGCCGUAACAAUACAGAGGAACUAGCUGUUUUACUGCACCAGUGUUAUAGGCAAUUUCAGUAUAUUAUGAACAAAUCAAAGAAUUACUUUCUUCAAACUGGUGAAUUACAGAAAGCAAUCCAGAUGUGGUUUUUUCUGCCACAGUCUAAUGUCACUCACUUCAUUUGAUGGGGUCACUUUUUAGCUGUCACUAAUAAUGGAAUUAUUGGAAAACACUUGAUAAAUGAAACUGUACCAGUAAGUACUAUAACAGAGUUUUCCCCGGUGUAUAUAAAAUUGACACACACUACUAUCAGAUGGAGUAUCAGGAUUUGUCUAACUAUCCCAAAAAGGCUAAAAGCUAACUGUAAAUUAACUUUCACUUUUCAAGUCUGACAAAUCUUGUUUAUAUGAUAUAUAAAACUUUGUUUUCAUCAGAUUUUCAGGGGGUUUUAUAUUAAAGAAAUUAAGACUACACUAUUUAAAUAAAAGUUUCCUGUUUCUGACUUAUUAGAGCUCUAAAGUUUAUGAGGCCUGCUUCUCUGAAUAUCCUGAUUUUUUUUUUUUUUUUUGAGACUAGUUUCUCUUGUUUUCAAACUGACACGUUUGAGAGGUUUAUAAUUUAUAAAGCUUAGAAGAAGCUUUA